AAUUGUCUCGAUCUUUCACUCUCAUUUCUAUCUCCCACCGUAGAAAUUUAAAGUAAUAAAAAUUAUUUAUAUAUAAAUAUAUCAUCUUCUUAAAUAUACAUCACAUUAAUACAUUAUUACAAAUUUAAAUUUUACAAAGGAGUCGAGAAGAAGAAGCAUAUGAGAAAGCGUCAAGUGGUGUUGAGGAGAGCCUCGCCGGAGGAACCUUCUAGAAGCUCGUCGACGGCUUCGUCUCUGACGGUGAGAGGUGUGAGAUACGGCGAGUGUCAGAAGAACCAUGCGGCGGCGGUCGGCGGAUACGCCGUCGAUGGCUGCCGUGAGUUCAUGGCAAGCAACGGAGAGGAAGGUUCGGUGGCAGCGCUAACGUGCGCCGCCUGUGGCUGCCACCGCAGUUUCCAUCGUAGAGAAAUCGAAACCGAGGUUGUUUGCGACUGUAAUUCACCUCCUUCGACUGGAAACUAGACCAGUAAAAACUAGACCUAGAUGGUGCGUGGAAAGAGAAUGACAAAUUCACGGGGCAUGGAUGGUUCUGCAGAGUAGUAGGAUCAGAAGAGAAGAUGAUGGGGGCGAUGAAUUUCCAAAGAAGCUUAUCAGUUCUACAUGCCGACUGUGAAGCUUUGAUAUGGGCUAUGGAGUGCAUAAAGACCCUUGAUUUUUUAGACAUAGUUUUUGCAACAGACUGUUCUCAAUUGGUGAAGAUGGUAUCCUCUCCAGACGAAUGGCCAGCUUUUACUACACACAUGGAGAAGUUUCGACGCAGUAAGUGUUUCUUCCCUUCCUUCAAGAUUCAACAUAUACCAAGAGCAACUAAUCUAAUAGCAGACAACCUUGCACGAGGUGCUCGGAGUUCCCCUUCAGCUGUAUUUUAUGUUGAUUCUAUUCCACCGGUUUGGUUUUCCGAGCCGGUAGGUUUCUUAUCAUAGAUUAGUUAUUGUUUUCAAAAAAAAAAAAUUAUGAUAUGUUACAUAUUAUGUUGAUUUUGGACAAUAAUGUAAUUUCCUUUCGUGUAGAAAAAAGUGAGAUGCUUUGAUGCUU